AUUGACACUGGGUCAGUAUUAUAGUAGUGUCUUCAGCGCGAACAUCGGACAGUAACAAUUUUACACUCGUUCGCGACAGUGUACACGCGGUGCAAAAGUAUAAUAAACAUACUUUACACAUAAAAAAAUUUUUGAAAAAAAAAAAUUAUUUUUUACGAAUUAUAAACGUCCAAAAAACGCGAUUCCGGUUUUUCGUAUAGUGACAGUCCAGCUGGAUACAGUUUUACAUACAUGGUCGUAAAAUUUGAUCAUACCGCCGGGUUCACUAUGAAGAGAUGCCUGAGGCACACAAUGUACGUCGUGUUCUGCGGAGCUCUGAUGUUUUUACACAGCACAAGUGGAGACGGUAACCUGGGACCGGAGAACAACAACGCGGCGGCGCUACCGCUCGAACACAGAUCCGGUGGCGGUUACGAUGUCGGACUUCCGCUGUCGUCCGGUGGUCCACUGCAAGGACCCCACGACGACACGUGGCCUCUACAAGCCGUGCCGGACGCUGUGAAAAUCAAACACCUACAGGUGCAGUGCGAGAAGACGCACAUGCGAGUGAACAUUGAAUUCGACAGGCCGUUCUACGGUGUCAUAUUCUCUAAAGGUUACUACAGCGAUCCACACUGCGUGCACGUGAAACCCGGUACCGGUCACCUGAGCGCCACGUUCGAGAUCCUGUUGAACAGCUGCGGCAUGACGUCGUCGGGCGGUGCUGGAGGCGUGGGCGGAGGCGCCGUGUCCGGAUACGGACAGACGCCCAGCGGAAGUUACGUGGAGAACACCAUCAUCAUCCAGUACGAUCCUUACGUGCAGGAGGUCUGGGACCAGGCUCGCAAGUUGAGGUGCACGUGGUACGAUUUCUACGAGAAGGCGGUCACGUUCCAGCCGUUCCAAGUUGACAUGUUGCACGCUGUCACGGCCAACUUCCUUGGCGACAACCUACAGUGCUGGAUGCAGAUCCAAGUGGGCAAGGGACCGUGGGCGUCCGAAGUGUCUGGAAUAGUGAAAAUCGGGCAGACCAUGACCAUGGUGUUGGCCAUCAAGGACGAGGAGAACAAAUUCGACAUGUUGGUGCGCAACUGCGUGGCGCACGAUGGCAAACGGACGCCCAUACAGUUGGUCGACCACAACGGUUGCGUCAUCCGACCGAAGAUCAUGUACAAGUUCCAGAAGAUCAAGAACUUCGGACCGUCCGCGUCCGUCGUGUCGUUCACGUACUUCCAGGCGUUCAAGUUCCCCGACUCGAUGAACGUGCACUUCCAGUGCGUCAUCCAGGUGUGCCGUUACCACUGCCCCGAACCCAAGUGCCCCGGCGACUACGCUCUUCCACCGCACGCGGCCGAACCCAGCGGCGGCGACUACGCCGGCCUCAACUCGGUGCACCCCAACGAACAGCAGUACGGACCACCCCCGCCACCGCUUUUGGCCGACUAUCCCGCGUAUCCGGAUCCCAGACAUCCCUCCGGACCGGCCGGCGCGUACUCGGAACUCAAACCGGAAAUAGUGUUGCCGAACGCCGCACCGCCUUCGGCCAGCAGCCCGAAACCGCAGCAAAAGGACUCGGACGCGCCCUCGGCGGUCGGCGGAGAAGACCGACGGGACUCAAUCAACAACGACGACGACGGUCUGAACCUGCCGCCGCCACCGUUGCCCGGUCACGGAUCGUCGUACGCCACCGUCAAGCGACAGGGCACCGUCGGCGGUGACGACCAACAACAGCAACAGCACAUGAACCUGGUGUCGCUGGGCGGCCGUCCCAGAUCCGUCGACAUGGACGGCGGCGCCAACAAACCGCACCGACACCACCGUCGGUCCACCGGCGACCCCGAGCUGGACGUGAACACCAGCCGCGUCAUACAGGUGGUGGCCCCCGGAGACGUCAACUUCGCGUUGAACGUGCCCAACGGCAACAACACGAACGGCGGCAAUAACGGCGGCAACGGCGGCGACACCGUCGUCGUGUCCAGCCGGUCCGGUCUGUCCGCCGACAGCGUGUGCAUCAGCGUCCCGUCGUUCGUCGCCGGUCUGGCCAUGCUCCUGUCCGUGUUGGUGGUCGCCUGUCUGGUGGUCACGUUCCUGUUCUUGCGAGUCCGGUCCAUGAACAGCGCCAAAGCGAUGGCUUGCGGACCGCCGCCGACCGCGCAGGGCCCGUACAUGCACGGACCCGCGUUCGAAGCCGCCGAGUUCGUCAAGAUGGCCAGUUCGUAGAGCGCCGUCCCCAGUUUUUGAAAUAACUAUUUUUUUUUUUUUUUUAUCAUUAUUUAUAAUAUACCGUUUUCCGACAACAACCCCCCCCUUUUCACAAACACCCCUCGAAUACGGAAGAGAGUACACUUCUACGACGAUUCCGACUUUUUUUUUUUAUGCACACCGCCUGUGCGCAAAUGACAAACUACUAAUCGCCAAUCAUAUUAUUAUAAUUGUCAUUUCCACGUGCGAAUGCAUUAUCACUAUAAAUUUUUACGAUUUUUACCCUUUCACAUUCGACAUUUAAAAAAAAAAAUACGUGUACUUAUAUACAUAUAUUCACAUCCGAUGCGCAGAUUACGGCGCAAUAAUAUACUAUUCCGCGCAGGCCAGACGUGUCGAUACGCAUAACAGUAAUGCGACGACACGACAGGUCUGUUUAAAUUAUUUUAUUUAUUUUUAAGCACAUCUACUGUAGUAAGCAGUAUGACGAAUGACGUACGAGCAAUGCUCGAAUUAGAUGAUAUAUAACCGUAUUAAUAUUAUAUAAUUGUAUAUUAUGAAUGAAUUGUUUUCAAAUUUUUUUUUUUACGAACGAUAUGGCGACGGCGGCUCGGCGAAAUAACAACGUGCCCGGUUCGACUAUAUAAUAAUAUUAAGGAUUUAUAUUCAUAAACUAUAUUAUUAUUACAAGAGUAUGGAAUAUUAUUAAAUAUUAUUAUUAUUAUCAUAUACAUGACGACGAUCGUAAAGCCGACGCGAGUCGCCGAAAUAACAUAUUUUAUUUCUAACACGACAAUAAUAUUAUAAUAUAUAACGUAUUAUAAUAUUAUACAUAUUAUUAUCAUCAAAUUAUAUCAUGUAUAUUAUUUUUUUUUCUUGUCUUUGUAAAUAUUAUAUUUAUGUAUAACAUUAGUCUUAAAGAUAUAUUAUAUUUAUAUAUAUAUAUUAUUUUAUAGCGUUUAAAACAAUAUAUAUUAUGUACACAACAAUAUACCAGCUUUAAAUUAUUAUAAUUAUUAUCAUUAUUAUUACCGUGAUAAUAAUUCAUAAUACAUUGUAUUACAACACGCGAGUAUAAUAUAUUUAUGUAUCAAUAUAAUAAUAUAAUAUUGUGUUUUAAGAGAACUAUAAGUCUAAACCAUUAUAAUAAUAAUAUUAUUUAUAUUUAUAAAUGUAUAGUGUUUGUAAACACAUGCAAUGCAUUCAGUUGUGUGGAACAAAAUGUCAUGCGAAAAACACAAAAAAAAAACGUAAUCAAAUUGGUGUCGUGGUGAAUAUUAUUAUGUAAAUAUGUAUAUCAUAAAUAAUUAUUACACAUUUAUGAUGUAUAUAUAUAAAUCGCGACCAUAACAAUAAUAUUGUAUAAUUAUCUAUUAUUAUAACAUAUGCUAUACUUUUAUAAAUAAAUAAAUAUAUUUUUUUUCAAA